UUUGACGUCACAGCGCGAUGGCGGCGCCGGGGCUGUCGAAGGCCGAGUACCUGCGGCGGUACCUGAGCGGCCCCGCCGAGCCCGCCCAGCCCCGCCGCCGCCGCAAGAGGAAACCGCCGGGCGGCACCGGCAGAGGCGGGAUGCGGAUCGUGGAUGACGAUGUGAGCUGGAACAGCAUCGCCGCCGGCCCGGACAAGGAGGAGGAGGAGGAGGACGAGGGGGACAUGCCUGUGGUGGCAGAGUUCAUUGAUGAGCGUCCCGAGGAGGUGAAGCUCAUGGAGGAAUUCCGAACAAACUCCAAAUGGAAGCUCCUCGGAGAUGAGGACUCGCAGAGUUCGGAUAUUUCGGGACCUGCCAAGUCUGCCACGAGGCGGCGGCACCACGGCUCCCCAGAGCCCUCGGCCUCAGCAGGGAAACACAACGGCUCCGUGGAGCUCUGUGCUCCCCGGGGACAGCAGCAUGGCAGCCCUGAGCUGUCACCCCCCAGGAGACAGCGCCAUGACACCCCUGACCCCUCCCCUCCUAGGAGACAGCGCCAUGACACGCCAGAUCUGUCACCCCCCAGGAGAAAGCGACACGACACCCCUGACUCGUCCCCUCCCCGGAGGCAGCAUCAUGACACGCCAGACUUGUCACCUCCCAAAAGGCAGCGUUGUGACACCCCGGAUCUGUCACCUCCCCGGCGGCGGCAGCGUCACGACACCCCCGACCCCUCACCCCCCAGGAGACAGCGACACGACACACCUGACCUGUCACCUCCCAGGAGACAGCAACAUGACACACCUGACCUGUCACCCCCCAGGAGACAGCGACACGACACCCCUGACCUGUCACCUCCCAGGAGACGACGUCCUGGCACCCCAGAUCUGUCCCCUCCCCGGCGGCGGCAGCGUCACGACACCCCUGAACCCUCACCUCCCAGGAGACAGCGACACGACACCCCAGAUCUGUCCCCUCCCAGGAGACAGCGCCAUGACACCCCUGACCCCUCCCCUCCCAGGAGGCAGCGCCAUGACACCCCAGAUCUGUCCCCUCCCAGGAGACAGCGCCAUGACACCCCUGACCCAUCCCCUCCCAGGAGACAGCGUCAGGAUUUGUCACCUCGGAGAGAGAAGCCGGGGUCCCCGAGUGGGAAGAAGGGCCGAACGAAAGGACGGGCUUCUCCUGCCCAGAGGGACCAGCCCAGGUCCCGGAGCCCCCCGGAGCCCUCCCUGCACCACCGGGAUGCCAAGGGCUCUCCCAAGAAGGCUGGCACGAUGGCAUCCGGGGUCAAAGCUGGCCUGGUGUCGGCUGAUGUGCUGCAGAGGGAGAAGCAGGAGCUCCAGAAGCACGAGAGGAGCACCAGGCACCUGGAAGAGGAGUCCCGGAACGCUCAGACCGUGUUCCGAGACAAGUCCGGCCGCAAGAGGAACCUGGCCCAGGAGCAGCUGGAGCAGAGGCUGAAGGCUGAGGCAGAGGCCAAGAGAGAAGAGCAAUAUGCCAAGUGGGGAAAAGGGCUGGCACAGGAGAGGCAGCAGCAGCAGAACGUGGAGGAUGCAGUCAAGGAGAUGCAGAAGCCCUUGGCCCGUUACAUCGAUGACCAGGACCUGGACAGAAUGCUGAGGGAGCAGGAGAGGGAAGGAGACCCCAUGGCUGCUCUCAUCAAGAAGAGGAAGGCCAAGGAGAACAAGGAGAAAGAAAAACCCAGGUACAAGGGACCAGCUCCUCCACUCAACAGGUUUAACAUCUGGCCAGGGCACCGCUGGGACGGUGUGGACAGGUCCAACGGGUUCGAGCAGCAGCGCUUCGCGCGCAUUGCCAACAAGAAGGCGGUGCAGGAGCUCGCCUACAAGUGGAGCGUGGAGGACAUGUAGGGGACAGCUCCUGCAGUGCCCCACGGGCACCACCUGCUGCCACAGCCCCGAGGAAUGGCCUGCUCUCCUGGAACAAGCCCUGUGCCCGGCGUUCAGCAGCCCACUGGGCCAUCUUCUGAGAGGCAAGGCUGGGUUUCCCUGCAGCCAGAGCCUCCAGCUCCCUGGGGAGGACACUGCUUUCCUGUUUGUUUUCUAACAAACUAAUGUUCUACGCCAAAUGACUUCUGAGGGCAGUUCCCAGGUCUUCAGGUGUCCUAAAUCUCAGGUGAAAAUCUGCUGAAUGCUUGGGCUUGGGAGAGUUAUCCUCAUGCAGUGGGUCACUCUGCUCCAGAACUCAGGUUAAGUGGGACUUCUGAACUUUUGUCAAGUUUAUGCAGCUUUUUUGCCAUGUAGAUCCCAGAGUCACCAACAUGCAGGGAAGUUCAAACUCAGCUUCUCCUGACUCUGUCCAAGCAGGAAGCUGAGCAGGGAAUGCUGUGGCACUGGAAGAGAGACCUGCAGUGCUGCACUGGGCAGCAGGAUCUUCAGGAGCCUCAGCAAUUCUUCAGGGCUCCAUUUCUAGUGGAAGUCAAUGUGUGGAGAAUUAGGACUUAAGACCUGGAGUUGCUUCCCUCAUAGUUUGGAGCAGCUGGUUCCCCCAGACCCCUCUGGAUUUGGGGCUGAUCUCAGCACUUGGCUCACUCCGGUGGGAGGUGUAACAGCCCUUGUCCUGUGAUCAGAUUUGUCAGUCUUGGAGCUUCCCUUAAUCCCUGUGUGCCAGAAAGCACUUGUGGAAAUAAAUACAGUUGUUCUUGUUGAGGUCCCAGGGAGCAGGGAGGAAAUGCAGGCAGCAGUUUCCAUGGAGAUGCCUUGGCUGCAGCAGUGGGCAGGGCAGCAUCGCUCUUUUCAGGGAUUUUCCAGCACUGGGGGGCCGUGGGUGGGAGGGAGGGACAGAGCACAGUCUGCUCUGGAGUGCCAGACUCUUGGGACAUCCCUGCUUUUCAUCCCUGUGUCUCAUUUCCAGCAGCCCUGGAAUUGGUGUGUUCACCUGUAAAUAAAACCUUUCUUUUUUUACUCCA